GAUACAUCCACAUUCCGAUACAUCUAUCCCAGAACGGCAAUCUGCCAUCGCUAUUUCAAAGCAAAACAAAUUUUUCAUUCCACGUAUCAGAUCAUUUAUCCAAUUGGAAAAUAAGAUAAAUAAUAUAGGAGAUCCGGACCGACGGUAGCAGGAUGAGUGUUCUUGAACAGCUGGGUGCUCUAGACAUCGGCACAAAUGAGGAGGUGGACGAGACCCUGCAGCGGAUUGCCGACGAAGAGGCAAAAGUUAACGAGAGACUGGAGUCACUGCUGGCCAAGCAAUGCCAGAUUGAGGCCAGAAUGAGUGGCAUUGGGAGAUCCCUCAGCCUGCUGCACACGGUGGACAGCGAUUCCAACAAGCUGAACGACCAGAUUGUAAACACAGCCCAGUUGGCCGAAUCGGUGAGCGCCAAGGUGCGCCGCCUGGAUUUGGCCAGGUGCCGAGCCUCCGAGUGCCAGCAGCGGGUGCACGAUCUGAUCGACCUGCACCUGUGCAGCCAGGGCGUGGUGAAGGCCAUCGGCGAGGAGGACUAUGAGAAGAGCGCCACCCACAUCGCCCGCUUCCUGGCGAUGGAUCAGCAACUGCUGCGGCGUACCGCCGACGACGUCCAGGGCUCCAUAACGUCGGUUAGCGAUGCGGUGAAGACGCUGGAGGAUGCCACCGAGAAGACCCGUGUCCUGAUUGCCAAGCGCUUCGAUGAGGCGGUCAAAGCCGAUGACUUGGCCUCUGUGGAAAGAUUUUUCAAAAUCUUUCCUCUAGUAGGUUGCCAUUGCACCGGGAUCGAAAAGUUCUCGCUCUACAUUUGCCAGAAGCUUGCGAACAAGGCUCAAAAGGAACUUAGGAACGCCCAGGACAUAGCCAAGGCGGAAUCCCGCCUGCAACUGGCUUACGCAGAUCGACUGACUGCUAUUCUGGAAAACUUCGCAAGGGUGGUGGAAGUCAAUCAGCCGAUAAUCGAAGCGUUCUACGGACAAGCUUCAUCGUCGUUGAUUGACAUGGUGGCCAUUCUGCAGCACGAAUGCGAUACGGAGGUAAAGAAUCUUCUUAUGGAGUUCAACAAGAACCGGCAGAUUCAGUACCGCAGCAAGCAAGUAAAUGAAUCCACUCAGCGGUCGGCCGGUGGCGGAAAUCUCGGGAGCAACAGUAUCCAGGCACUGGGUCAUUAUAGGAAACCAUCUGGCGGCUCGGUGGACAAGCUAAACCCCAAGGAAAUCGAUGCCAUUAUAGCCGAAAUAACCGUCAUGCACGCCAGGGUCGAGUUGUACUUCCGAUUUAUGCGAAGACGCUUACAGGUGCAUGUGGAGACGUGCGUGCCGGAAAAAGAGCAGUUGGAUAUAAUGGAACGCUAUGAGAAGAUCAUGAAGAACUCCGAUCUGCGCCGCCAAAUGCAAGAGAUUCUGAGUACCUAUUUGCUCCUGGAAAGAUAUUUCAUGGAGGAAAGCGUUCUUAAGGCCAUCGGCUUGGACACUUACGAGUCUGGGCAGCAGUGUUCAUCCAUGGUGGACGAUGUAUUCUUCAUUCUUCGCAAAUCUAUUCGAAGGGCCUUGACAACCCAGUCGAUAAAUGGAACCUGUGCUGUGAUCAACAAUGUGGCUGCCUGCCUGGAUGGCGAUUUUGUGAGCGCACUUAAGGCGCCCUUGAAGAACGGCUACCCAUCUGGUUACAUCGACUUGGCUCAGGCUUAUAAUGCUAUCCAAACGACGCUGCAGCAGGGCAAACUACAUUCCAGCGAUGCCGAUCGUGGUCGAGCCAACUUCCUGGUGCAGCUGAACAAUGCCGACAUAUCGACGGAGUAUAUUGAGACACUGUGUCAGACGAUGGAACAGGAAAUUGCUGGCACAUUUCCACAAACGACGCCGGUGGAGCGUCAAUUGCUGGACAGCUGCCUCACGGAACUUAAAGCUGUGCGGGAUGCGUUGAAAGCCACUGUUGAUUUUGGAAUGCAGCAGCUGCGCUCCAGUGUUAUAAAGCCACGCCUCAAUCCAUGGAUAAAUCAGUUCUUGAACUACAGUCACAAUUUGAAUGAGGAGGAACUUGCUGCUUACGAAGCGGGCGAGACGUUCGUCCAGUUUUUCAUAGUGCAAUUGGAUGGACUCCUCAACUCUUUUAAGAACUCAUUGAGUCCGCGGAACUAUGAUGCCCUCGUUAGCAUUUUGGCGACCGAAGUGACUAUUCAACUGGAACGGGCUAUUAAAAAAAUCAGCUUUAACAGACUCGGCGGUCUGGUGCUUGAUCAGGAAGUUCGUGCCUUGGGCAGUUACCUGACAGGAGCCACAUCUUGGUCGGUUAGAGAUAAGAUGACACGUAUUUCCCAAAUUGCUACCCUUCUCAAUUUGGACAAGAUUUCGGAGCUUACAGAGUAUUGGAAUCCCGAGAACAAUAAGGAGAUGUCAUCUUGGCAUCUAACACCUAACGAAGUUCGCACAUUUUUAACGUUAAGAAACGACUUUCGUAUAGAAGACAUCAAGCGGCUACAACUUUAGGCAAAAAAUGUUAUUCAUUCGGACGUGUUGUGACUGGCACUGAACCAAUGAUUGAAAUCCAGUCGCAAAAGCAGCUGAGAAAGCGGACCCAAGCAAGAUGCUGAUUUUACAUCGACUAGUAGUUGGAUAAGGCUCGCAAUUUGAACACCAAAACUAUAAAAAACAAAGUUUUGUUACUAUUACCCACAAUAAUUGAUAAAGUAAAUAACGAUUGACUUCAUUUAUCACUCGGUUAACAAAUA